UUUACUUUAUGUUUUACAAGACACAAAAGCCACAUUGCACCAAUCAACACAAAAAAAUGCUUUUAAUAUUGGAGCCAUCUCAAGAGGGUUGAGCUAGCUGGACGUCAUGCCUGCCUGGCUGAUCGCUCUGCUGAGUAUGAAAGUACUACUUCUAGCUGACCGCUAUCUGAGUUUCCAGAUUGAACCUUCAGAAGGUAGCCUUGCAGGGGGAACUUGGAUCACAGUUGCUUUUGAUGGUUUGGAGAAAAGUGUUCUUUACCCCCACAAUGGCUCUCAGCUGGAGAUGGACCUGGUGAAUGUGGCAGUUCCUACCUUACCAAGGAUCCCCUGUGAUGUCCAUCCUGUCUUUGUGGAUUUGCCUGUGGUGACUUGUCAGACCAGAUCUCUGCUGUCUGAAGCGCAUGAAGGUCUGUACUCUCUAGAGAUACGCUCUGGGGAGCAGCUGCUCAGCAACCGGUGUCCAGGAUCGCUAGACGGCUGUACUUUUAAGUUUUCCAAGGCACAGACACCUGUUGUGUAUCACGUUAGUCCGCCAAGUGGAGUUCCAGGAGAAGUAGUACAUGUGUACGGCUGGAUCAUCACUGACCAGUUGGAAACCUUUGAUCCUGAUGUGGACUACAUUGACAGCCCAUUGAUCCUGGAAGCUGGUAGAGACAAAUGGCUUACUCCUUGUUCCCUUGUAAAUAGGCAGACUGGAAGCUGUUUUCCCAUCCAGGAGGAAAAUGGCCUUGGGACUGUGCAGUGCCGUGUGGAAGGCGAUUACAUUGGUUCUCAGAAUGUUAGUUUCUCAGUCUUUAACAAAGGGAGGUCGACAGUGCACAAGGAUGCCUGGUUGAUCAGUGCUAAACAGGACCUGUUCCUGUACCAGACAUACGCAGAAAUCAUAUCUGUGUUUCCAAAAGUUGGGAGCCUUGGUGGAAGAACAUACAUCACCAUUACAGGAGACUUCUUUGACCCUUCUGCCCAGGUUACCAUUGCAGGCAUCCCAUGUGAUAUUAGACAUGUGUCUCCCAGGAAGAUUGAGUGCACCACCAGGGCUCCAGGAAGAGGAGCAAGGCUCACCACUCCUCAGGCAGGCAAUCGAGGACUUCUUUUUGAAGUUGGAGAUGCUGCUGAGGAUGUGGAGCUGACUGAAGCCACCCCAGGGUACAGGUGGCAGGUAGUCCCCAAUGCCAGUUCUCCAUCUGGAUUUUGGUCAAAGGAAGGGCAACCUUUCAGAGCACGGCUCAGUGGGUUCUUUGUGGCUCCAGAGACAAACAAUUACACAUUCUGGAUCCAGGCAGAUAGCCCAGCUUCCUUGCAUUUCAGUUUCUCAGAGGACCCAAGGACUAAGGUAGAAAUGGCUUCUGUUGGAGUUGGCACUGUUGACUGGUUUGACUCUUGGGAACAGAAAGGGAAUGAAGGAAGCUGGCAACAGAAGACCACUAAGCUCGAACUGAGGGGCGGAGCCAAAUACUACUUGGAAGCAGAGCAGCAUGGGAUAGCCCCCAGGAGGGGGAUGAGAAUUGGUGUCCAGAUCCACAACACUUGGCUGAAUCCUGAUGUGGUCAACACUUACCUUCUGGAGAAACAACAGAUCCGAGCCCAAGCCCAGAGACUUCCAGAAAUACAGAUGUUGAAUGUGUCAGCUAGAGGAAGCUUUUUCCUUACUUGGGACAAUGUCUCUAGCCAGCCAGUUCUCGCCAAUGCUACAGCCCAACAGAUGCAAACUGCUAUUGAGGAGCUGCUUAUGGUCAAAUGCCAUCUGGAACCUGUUUCUGCUCAAGUUCUACUCCGGCUUGGAUUUGAGCAAGGCCUAAAAGGUUCCAGUUCUGAUGCGGUCCUCACCAGUUCAACCGAACCCUUCUGUGGUAGAUUCAGCCUUGGUCAAGUUCGACACCUUAUCCUAAACCCCUCAGCUGACAAAAAUGGCUAUCAGCUGAAUCAGUAUCCAUAUCUGUGCAGUGCAUACCGAGGCCGUAUAAAUGGGACCCUGGCAAUGACUGUUUCUAUCUUAUUUGACUUCGAAAAUAUCACGAAGAAUUCCACUUGCGAUUGGAGUCUCACAGAACCCCUACCUGAGAGCUGGCAGUUCGCUUGCAUUAACCUCUGGGACACAUGUGUGCGUUGCUCUGAGGAUCUCCAGUCUUCUCCGGCAAACACUCCACUGCUGGUUCAUCGGAUUGACAUCCUUGCCACGGCCCCGGAGGCAGGCCUGCUCUAUCUGGAUGAAAUUAUUCUUGCAGACACAAAUGUAACAGUUUCUCAAGCUGAUCCUGGAACAGCCCGCCCAGGUGGGAAUCUAGUGGAGUCAGUCUCUGUGACGGGAUUCCCUCCAGUCUACAGCAUCGCCUUCUGGUUGGUGGCAUGUGGCUCAGAGCUCCCUCUCAUCACUGCGUGUUAUAUGCCUGCUGAGGGGACAGGAGAACGGUCUGAACUGACUGAAGUGACAGCACAGAGACUCCAGGGGACAAGCCCGCCUUUGGGAGGACACUUCUUUCUCCAACUCUCUGAUACAGUGAUACCUGAUGUUCCGGUGCACAUGUCUUCCAGACAGCUUCAAAAGCUAUUGCAGGACAAUGCUGACGAGUCCACAUCUGGAUACCUCAAUGUCAGUGACUUCACUGUGACGAAGGAGCUAAACUCCUGCUAUGAACAUGUUUGGACUCUUUCCUGGACUACUCAGAUUGGGGAUUUGCCCAAUUUUAUCAGUGUCUCAGAUCAAAACCUCACUGGGGUGAAUCCUGCUGUCACUGCUCGAGUGGUAUAUGAUGGUGGAGUUUUCCUUGGACCCAUCUUUGGAGACAUGUUGGCCACUCCCAACCAGGAAACUCAGGUGGUUGUACAAGUGAAUGACAUACCAGCCCAUUGUUCAGGCUCCUGCUCUUUCCAGUACCUGCAAGAGUCAACUCCCAGUGUGGAUUAUGUGUGGUAUUCCCCUGGCUGUGAUGUCAACCUAUUGGUUUAUUUCACUGGAACUGGUUUCCCUAGAGAUUCCCAGUCCUUACAGGUUACAGUGAACAAAACAAGUUGUGAAGUUAUUUUCUCCAAUGAAACAAGUGUGGUCUGUGAGAUGGACCUGCUACCAGUUGGAGUGUAUCAGGUUUUGAUGCUGGUGAACCCUUCAGGCCUUGCUGUUAAUGGCAGCGGGGAAGGCCUCUUCCUGCUUGUGAAACCCAGGCUGGUUGCUGUGGAGCCUGCUACAGCAGCAGAGAUAGGAGGACUGUGGGUGACCAUCCAGGGCUCCAGUUUGGAAGGUGUCAGCCUGGUGUUGUUUGGAACUCAGUCAUGUGCCAUUGAGGUCAUUAGAAGCAAUUCACAACAAAUUCAGUGCAAAAUCCCACCCAGGGGGAACGAUGGAUACACUGUGAAUGUGACUGUGAUCAGUGGAGACCACUCCACAGUUCUUCCCAGAGCAUUUAGUUACGUCUCCUCUUUAAAUCCAGUCAUCGUGUCUUUGAGCAGAAACAGAAGCAACCUAGCAGGAGGCGAGAUCCUGUUCCUUGGGAUGGCUCAGCUGGUGAACUACACCGGUCUGGAUGUACUAGUCCGCGUUCAGGACACCUCUGCUCAGGUCCUCACACAGACAGCUUGGGGACUGGAGGUGGUGCUGCCCCCAAUGCUGGCUGGCAUUCACAUGAUUUCAGUCUUCAUUAAUGGAGUCAAUAUUCAUUCACAGGGGGUUGAUCUCCACAUCCAGUACCUCACUGAAGUUCUCAGCGUGGAGCCUCGCUCUGGGUCGCUUCUGGGUGGCACUGUCCUCAGCCUUUCAGGAGUAGGACUCGGCAGAGAUCCGGCUCUGAUUUGGGUACUUGUGGGCAGUCAGCCUUGUGGUAUGGUGAACUUAACAGAUGUCAAUGCCUGGUGUGAGACUCCUCCAGCUGUACUGCCACCCGGGGCAGAUGUUCUCACUGUACCAGCUUCUGUGGAGAUCUGGGUUGGCAACACUUCUUUCCUCCAUGGAGCAAGCUUGGUGGGGAAGGGAUUUACCUUCAUGUAUGAAGCAGCAACUACACCGGUGGUCACUGCUAUGUGGGGAGAACUCACCAACAACAGCCUGGGGUUCUAUGUGCAAGGAAAGAACCUCUCUGACUCAGUCAUUCUUUUGGGAACCUUGAAAUGUGACCUGGAAGUGCAAUCUUUUGUGGAUAACGUGAGCUUGUCUGGGUGCUCCUUUCCUCUCUGCAGUUUGGAAGCAGGAAUCUAUUCUCUCCAAGUUCUUCACAAGUGGAUGGGGUUUGCCAAUAUGUCUGCAGUGCCCCAGAAAUUUGAGUUGUCACCUCGGAUAAUGGCCAUCUUCCCAACACAUGGUUCUGUGUGUGGUGGGACAGUACUCACUGUGAAGGGUGUUGUUGCCUUCAGUCCUAGAAGGAGGUCAGUUCAUGUUGACCUUUCAGGCCCCUUUGCUUGUGUGAUUUUGAGUUUGGGAGUCCACACAGUCCUAUGCCAGACCAAAUUGGUGGGUGACCACUUUCCUGAAAUGUCAUUUGCUCUAAAUGUCACAGUUCUGGUCAAUGGGCUGGCCAGUAAAUGUGAGGGGAACUGUACACUCUUCAUGCAGGAAGAAACAACUCCUGUUGUGGAUGCCUUGACUACAAGCAUUAAUGGUUCUCUAACCACGUUGCUGAUGAGAGGCCAGAGGUUGGGUACCACUGAUGCUGAGCCAACAGUGUUUGUGGAUGAUCACCUUCAUUGCAGCACAUCUUUCUUCAAUACCAGCCACAUAGCAUGCCAGAUGAGUGACUUGAUCCCAGGGCUCCACUACCUGUCAGUUGUUCAUACAAGCAAUGGAUAUGCUUGCCUGGAUCAUGUUUAUCGAAGCUUCUUCAUUGUGCCUCAGGUGUUUGAUUAUUUUCCUAAGGUUUUCAGCAUCCAUGGUGGAAGUCUAUUGACCAUAAAAGGCACAGCUCUUAGAGGAUGGAAUGCUACAUCUGUCUACAUUGGCCAGAAGACUUGUGUAUCAGUAAACAUCAGUUCUGAGCUCAUCCAGUGCAUUAUUCCUGCAGGAAAUGGCUCUGUUGCUCUGGAAAUAGAGUUGGAUGGAGCUUUGUACCACAUCGGACUUGUUGGCUAUAGCAGUGUCUUUACUCCAGAAUUGCUUUCUGUUUCACAAAGGCAUGACAUCUUAACCUUCACAGUGGCCCAAAUCUCAGGGCCUGCAAAUGUUGACAUUUUUAUCGGGAUGUCACCAUGUGCAGGUGUCUCUGGUAACAGUACAGUUCUCCAGUGCAUGGUCCCUUUACUUCCUUCUGGGGAGUAUCCUGUCACAGGAUAUGAUCACAACAGAGGAUGGGCCUCCUCAGCUCUCAUUCUCGAGCUGAGAGCUCAUGUGAUGUCAGUGACUGCGAACUUUGGCUGCCUGGGUGGAAGGCUUCUGCAUGUGUUCGGAGCAGGAUUUUCUCCAGGGAACAUCUCAGCUGCUGUGUGUGGUGCUCCGUGCCAAGUCUUGGCUAAUGCAACAGUGUCUGCCUUCAGCUGCAUGGUUCUGCCCCUGGAUG